CCCAUAUUAUCUGCGCGCAGUCAAGCUGGCGACAAACGUCUGAGUUAAUCAGCAACACCAAACUGUUAAAGAGAGGUCAUUGAAGUCAACACGUCACACAAGCACCUUUGUGUAACCUCCGCUAAGCUUCCAGCGAUCUCUCGCCUAGAGCAGCUGUUAAGAGCGUCAACAGCCCGUGGCCGCUGGAAGGUUUACUCAUCUCAGCUGCCUAGUCACUGCCAGCAGCUCAGGCCCGUCACCUCUAUCGUUCAUCUUCACGUGCACUCAAGUGAGCGCGACGGCCAACUGCGUCUUCUCCAUCAGCUCAACCAUGGCCGCGCCUAUGCCCUCGGGCUCUUCCCUUCCUGACCAAGCUCAAGCUCCUCUGUCGCUUCCGUUGACUGCGCCGACCAACCCGUCUGACGAUAACGAUGGCAACGAAUCAGAAGAGCUUGAGUACCUCGACAUUCCGGGCCUCAUUCGCGUGUUCAAGGAGAUGACAAUGGGGAUUGUGAGGCAUCCCAGGCCCGAGUGGGCGAAAUAUCGGCUGCCGGUGGAGGAGUAUCACGAGCUGAAGCAAUGCAUCGAUGACAGUGACGUCUGGGGUUAUUUCAUGGACAAGGUUCGGUUUGACUACAGCAGUAACGACGAGGAACUUAUUCUCCGUAUGUUCCCGAAUGCUCUCCACGAACUCCUCCGCCACAAUCUUGAUCGCCGGAUACAGGCGAAGCUGGAUGAACUAAAGGCCAAACACCCUACGGAACUGGGCCCCGUUCUUGAAAAGGUGUGUUGCGAGUACAGGUCCAAUAUUUUUUGGACGACCGAUUCCAACACCGACGAGGAUAACCCAGACCAAAAGUCUCCAGACAGCCAAUUCCGGCAUCUAGAGGGCCAUUGGCCUUCCAUCGUUAUUGAGAUUUCCUAUGGCCAGAAGCUCCUUGACGUGCCCAAUAUUGCCCAUGACUAUAUCUACAACACGGGCGGCAAUAUUCGCACCGUGCUCGGCUUCGACCUUGAUUCCAGCCCUCUUACUCGGCGACAGUUUCGAGUAAUCAAGAAGGGGAAGGAGACCCACCCUUCUAAAAAGGCCCGCGCUGCCGUAUGGCGCGCAGUCGAAGUGACCGAUAAAGACUCUCGCGGCAAAGAGGAGACCUACCAACUUAUCAAAAGGGUCAAGAAUGAAGCCUUCCGCAGCGAAACCGGCCAGCACCUUCCUGGUAUCCUCACCCUCCCACUUACAGACUUCGUGUCCCAAGUCAUCUUGGAACUCGAUACCUUCCCCCAAGCAACGCGCACCCUCAUCGAGGCCACUACCAUCGAAAUCCCCUAUGAAUGUCUUUGCGCAGACCUUGAGGACGCAGAGGAGAUCCACAGAAUUAGGGAAUGCAGGGAGGGGUUGUGGAAGCCGUCGUCAAAAAUCAAGAUCCGGAGCCGAAAUCCGGUGAACAGGGAAGAGCAGUGGGAGAAGAUAAAGGCGGGGGAGAAAGAAGAAAGAGAGAAGAGAAUGGCGGCGAAGAUGGAGGCAGAGGACGAGGCUCAUCACAGUACUUCGUAGGUGGAGGGGCAAGAGGGAUUGUAGUUCUUUGAAGUCGACCUGGUUGAACCAGAACCAGGAGGCACAUGCAUGUAUUCUAGAUACCCAGGGCUCCAAAGCGCCUGGAGCGAGUAAUCUAAUUUGCGCAUCUCCUCC